UUAUUAUAUCAUUAAGUUCUAACGUCUUGUUUUCUCUAGAAUGUGGAUCCUGUUUCGAGUAACGUGACCUUCGGUGAUUCAUAUAACAGCUCUGUCCAGCCGCAUGGGUAGUGCCAAAACCAAAUGACGAAAGAGAAAGGGAAUGGAUUCGAAAGCGUAUUCCAGUCGGUAAAAAAAAAAACUUUACGUGUCGAAACAGAUACUGUCUAUCGUCAAUUGCCCACUCACCCAGUCUUUUCAUAGCUCUUAACAUUACCAAUUUCGUUUCUAGUGUCCCGAAAAGUGUUGCAAAAUUUGUUUCUGUCGACAUCAUCGAACCCAGUUAUCUAAGCUAAAUAUUCUAGGGUAAUGGAUGAAAUUAGUAGCAGAGCAAAGAAAACCAUUGAUAAUAAUCAUGCUGGAGUUCUUAUUCGCAAAGCUGUUAAAACGUAUGGUUCUGGAAAAAACAGUUGCACCGUGCUACAAGGACUGGACAUGUCCGUUAAACGAGGAACCAUAUAUGGACUCCUGGGAGCCAGUGGUUGUGGUAAAACGACCCUUUUAAGUUGCCUUGUUGGUCGUCGUGCUUUAAAUAGCGGAGAGAUAUUGGUCUUGGGACAUGAGCCCGGUUCUUCAAACAGCGGGGUCCCUGGUCCAAAGGUCGGCUACAUGCCCCAAGAAUUGGCGCUCUUUGGAAAUUUCACCAUCAAGGAGACCCUCUUUUUCUUCGGUGGUAUCUACAGGUUAAAGGCGACAUUCAUCAACUCGCAGUGUGAAUUUCUGUCUAAAUUGUUGGAUUUGCCUCCGUGCGAUCGUUACGUCAAGACGCUGAGCGGCGGUCAGCAACGUCGCGUAUCGUUCGCCGUUGCGCUGUUUCACGAGCCGGAAUUGCUUAUUUUAGAUGAACCAACUGUUGGUGUGGACCCAGUACUUCGAUACAGCAUCUGGAAUCAUCUCAUUCAGCAAAGUGCCCAGCAUGGAAAAACAGUCAUAGUCACAACCCAUUACAUCGAAGAAGCACGACAUGCUCACACGAUUGGAAUGAUGCGGACCGGUCGGUUGUUAGUAGAGGAUUCGCCUGAUAAUCUACUAAGGAAAUUUCAGCUCUCUUCGUUGGAGGAUGUCUUUGUCCAAUUUUGUUUGAAAGACGACGGUAGACGUUCAAUCGAACAACUUAGCAUAACCGAAUCAAACGCUGCAAUUUGUGAACCGACUGACGUUUUUCCGCCUGGAACACCUUCUCGUGAAAGGGACGUCAAUGUAGCCCCUGACAAUCCCUCUUGCCAUUCUGAAAUGGCCAGCUCUCGUCAAAGUAAUGACGUUAAAGAUGACAAUGUUAACUUUAAAGUAAAGAAACACCAAAGUUUUAGCUUUAAAAGCAUUUUGCCGUGUCCUCAUCGUCUUGCCGUUCUCAUUCGCAAGAACUAUUUGAUGUCAUUCCGCAACAUUGGUUUGUUUCUGGUGACCUUCUUAAUGCCUAUUUUCCAAUCAGCUGUGGCGAACAUCACUCUUGGGAACGAGCCUACAGGUCUCAGGAUGGCCAUCGUCAAUGAUGAGGUUGAUCUGGGUGUAGGACGUGUUUGUACAAAUGCGACGGAUUGCGAGUAUUCCAUGCUUAGUUGUCGUUAUCUUCGAUACAUAAGCGACAAUAUAAUUCAGGUUCCCUACGAAAAUGUCUUCGACGCUGUGGAGGCUGGAAAAAGAGGUCACGUCUGGGGCGUCAUCCACUUCGGCAGAAACUUUACUGAAGAAUUCGAAAUGAGGGAAUGGGCAGUAGAAUUAGAUAACAUCAUUGGCAGACGGAUUAACGUUCAAAUGGAUUCAUCUAAUCAACAGAUUGCUAUAUUUAUCCAAAAAUGGCUUGUUGAAGCAUUUAGUGAUUUUUCGAAAGAUUUUAUGAAAGUAUGUGGACACAAUCCGGGAGCAGGAGACAUGCCUCUUACGUUCGUCGAUCCAGUUUAUGGUCGGAAAGAUACACCGUUCACCGAAUUUAUGGCUCCUGGUCUUAUGAUAUCGAUUGUUUACUCUGCUGCUCUUCUCUUAACGGCAGCCACGUUGGUCACAGAAAAAGAACAAGGUCUUCUAGAUCGUAGUCUAGUAGCUGGCGUUCAAAUGAAUGAGAUUUUGAUUGGUAACUUGACGAGCCAAGUUUCUUCGAUGUUUGGCCAAACAGCGUUGAUUGUAUUGGGAAUGCUGUGGAUUUUCAACGUCCCCUGUAACGGUAAUCUAGCACUAGCUGUGUCAAUCACUCUAGUUCAAGGAUUAGUCGGCAUGUGUUUCGGUUUGCUGAUAGCCGCUGUUUGCGACAACUUGAAUGGCGUUGUUUUUCUUACGGCUGCAAACUAUUUGCCAGUUUUUAUUAUGGGUGGAGUUCUGUGGCCAACUGAGGGGUUGCAUUAUUAUUUAAGAAGUGCGGUUUAUUUUCUUCCAUCGACGAGUGCCAUAGAAGCUCUUAGAUCUAUAAUGACCCGUGGAUGGGGAUUAGAAAAAGCUGCUGUUUAUGGAGGUUUUCUUGUGAGUUUCGCAUGGAUUUGUGGGCUGUUGAUACUCUGCUUAAUUGUAAUGCGGUUUUAUAAGAAUUCCAGUUAGAAAAAAUCAGUGUUUUUUGUUAUAACUAACGAAUAGAUAGGAACGUAUAAUCUUAACUGGUUUAUCGAAUUGCUCAUUUUGCAAAAAUUAUAUCUAAAGUUAUUCAAAUCUUUCAUGUUAUCUUAUUUGGCUCAGUUAUCGCUUAAUUGCGCUUUAAUAUUAGAUUGUAAUACAUAGUCAUGCCAUUAAA